GACAGCACAGCACUUGCAGGUCCUUCUCUGAGACCCAUGGUGUUUCGUGCCAGGGAUUUGCAGGUCCAGCCCCUUGAUCGGUCUCGGAUUUAGGAUUAACUCGCCUGUUGAGAGAUGGUCUUGUCUGAACUGUUUAAAGACACUUAAAGCAGUUUUUCCCCCCAGUGGUGAAGGACACUCUGACCAAUGGAACCCCGGAUUCCCCACAACAUAACUGUGGUCCCAAACUCCGUCAUGGUACAGCCGUUACUGGACAGUCGCAUCCCCUAUGGGAGGCUGCAGCAUCCGCUCACCAUCCUGCCUAUUGACCAGAUGAAGACUACUCACAUUGAGAAUGACUACACCGACAAUCCCAGCCUCACCCAGCUGGCAGCACAGAAGCGCCCCCGAGGCCACCAUGAACCUGCGCUGAUCAGCCAGCACCUGCAGAGAUGUGAGCAGGAUGUCACCCACCCCUGGAUCUCUUUCAGUGGGCGGCCCAGCUCCAUCAGCAGCAGCAGCAGCACGUCUUCUGACCAAAGGCUCUUGGAUCACAUGGUGCCGGCCCCCGUGGUGGAUCAGUCCUCCCCGAGAGCAGUCCGGAUACAGCCCAAGGUGAUUAAUUGCAAACCCAUGGAUCUGAAGGGACCCAUGUCUCAGGAGCUUGACAAGCACUUUUUACUGUGUGAAGCCUGUGGGAAAUGCAAGUGCAAGGAGUGUGCCCUGCCGAGGACUUUGCCUUCUUGCUGGGUAUGCAACCAGGAGUGUCUCUGCUCCGCACAGAACCUGGUCAAUUACUCCACGUGCAUGUGUCUGGUGAAGGGAGUCUUCUACCACUGCACUAACGAGGAUGACGAGGGUUCCUGUGCAGACCACCCCUGCUCCUGCUCCCAAUCGAACUGCUGUGCCCGCUGGUCUUUCAUGGGUGCCCUCUCUCUGGUCUUGCCUUGCUUGCUGUGCUACCUGCCAGCCACUGGCUGCGUGAAACUAUCCCAGAGAUGCUAUGACCAAGUGAGCCGGCCCGGAUGUAGAUGUAAAAACACAAACAGUGUCAUCUGCAAGGUGGCGCUGGAUGGCAAAGCAAGCAGGCCAGAAAAGCCUUUCUGACCAUUUGGG